AUGGUAAGAAGUAAGCGUUUGUGUCAGAGGGAACGGCCCGGAGAGAAAAAGGGAAGAACGCUUGAAUCAAAAACUCAGGAAGUGCUCGAUGGAAAGAAGAAAUUUGACAAGGAGAGUGAAAAAUACUACUCCAUCCUUGAAAAGCAUUUAAAUUUGUCUGCAAAGAAGAAGGAGUCUCAUUUGCAAGAGGCAGACACACAGAUUGACCGUGAACAUCAAAACUUCUACGAGGCAUCGUUAGAAUAUGUCUUUAAAAUCCAAGAGGUUCAAGAGAAAAAGAAGUUUGAAUUUGUUGAACCGCUCCUGUCCUUCCUUCAGGGUUUAUUUACUUUUUACCAUGAGGGCUAUGAGCUUGCCCAGGAAUUUGCACCCUACAAGCAACAGCUGCAGUUCAACUUGCAGAAUACAAGGAAUAAUUUUGAGAGUACGCGGCAGGAGGUGGAGCGGUUGAUGCAGAGGAUGAAAUCCGCCAACCAGGACUACAGACCCCCCAGCCAGUGGACCAUGGAGGGCUACCUGUACGUCCAGGAGAAACGACCACUUGGUUUUACGUGGAUUAAACAUUAUUGUACCUAUGAUAAGGGAGGUAAAACGUUCACAAUGAGUGUUUCAGAAAUGAAAUCCAGUGGGAAAAUGAAUGGCCUUGUUACUAGCUCCCCGGAAAUGUUUAAAUUAAAAUCUUGUAUCCGACGAAAGACAGAUUCAAUUGACAAACGGUUCUGCUUUGACAUCGAAGUAGUUGAAAGGCAUGGGAUCAUCACAUUACAGGCCUUCUCAGAAGCCAACAGGAAGCUCUGGCUUGAAGCCAUGGAUGGAAAGGAACCGAUUUAUACUCUGCCUGCCAUUAUUAGCAAGAAAGAAGAAAUGUACUUGAAUGAAGCAGGGUUCAACUUUGUGAGAAAGUGCAUCCAAGCUGUGGAAACAAGAGGCAUCACCAUUCUGGGCCUCUACCGCAUAGGAGGCGUGAACUCCAAAGUUCAAAAAUUCAUGAACACCAUAUUUUCUCCAAAAUCUCCUCCUGAUAUUGACAUUGAUAUUGAACUAUGGGACAAUAAGACAAUUACAAGUGGGCUGAAAAACUACCUCAGAUGUCUUGCAGAACCACUGAUGACGUACAAGUUGCACAAAGAUUUUAUUGUUGCUGUUAAAUCCGAUGACCAAAACUACAGGGUGGAGGCUGUCCAUGCGUUGGUGCACAAAUUGCCAGAGAAAAACAGAGAGAUGCUGGACAUCUUGAUAAAGCAUCUGGUCAAAGUGUCACUACACAGCCAACAGAAUCUCAUGACUGUCUCAAAUCUUGGUGUCAUCUUUGGCCCAACUCUCAUGAGAGCACAGGAGGAAACUGUGGCCGCCAUGAUGAAUAUUAAAUUUCAGAAUAUCGUGGUAGAAAUUCUCAUAGAGCAUUAUGAAAAGAUCUUUCACACGGCCCCCGACCCAAGCAUUCCUCUUCCCCAGCCUCAGUCUCGGUCUGGGUCCCGGAGGACUCGAGCCAUCUGUCUGUCCACAGGCUCCCGGAAGCCCAGAGGGAGGUACACUCCGUGCCUGGCAGAGCCCGACAGUGACUCCUACAGCAGCAGUCCCGACAGCACGCCCAUGGGGAGCAUCGAGUCGCUGUCUUCUCACUCCUCUGAGCAAAACAGCACGACCAAGUCGGCCUCCUGCCCGCCCCGGGAGAAAUCCGGAGGGAUCCCCUGGAUCGCCACCCCAUCAUCUUCCAAUGGACAGAAGAGCCUUGCUCUCUGGACGACGAGUCCCGAGUCAAGUUCGAGAGAAGACGCCACCAAAACCGAUGCAGAAUCAGAUUGCCAGAGUGUCGCCUCGGUCACCAGCCCGGGGGACGCGUCCCCACCCAUAGACCUGGUCAAGAAGGGGCCGUAUGGACCUUCAGGACUGAAAAGAGCCUCCGCCUCCUCUCUCAGAUCCAUCUCUGCAGCCGAAGGAAACAAGAGCUACAGUGGAUCCGUUCAAAGCUUAACUUCCAUAGGUUCCAAAGAAACACCUAAAGCCUCCCCAAACCCAGACCUGCCUCCAAAGAUGGGCAGGAGGUCAAGACUGGACACUGCCUCAAGCAACGGCUAUCAGCGACCCGGCUCUGUAGUGGCAGCAAAAGCCCAACUGUUUGAAAAUGUUGGCUCAACAAAGUCAGUUUCUUCUGGGCGCCAAGCCAAAGCCAUGUACUCCUGUAAGGCGGAGCACAGCCACGAGCUCUCCUUCCCGCAGGGCGCGAUCUUCUCCAAUGUGUACCCGUCGGUGGAACCAGGAUGGCUAAAGGCAACGUAUGAAGGCAAAACCGGACUGGUUCCCGAAAACUAUGUUGUCUUCCUCUAAAACUGUUUAGCGGAUGGCAGUAUCUUCAUGGUAUCCAUGGUAACGAAUAACAGGCGCUCUGAUUUUCUCUGACACAGAUAUGGGGAUCGGCCCACUGAGAGAAAACAGUCCAUUUCCACCAAGUUCCCCACCAGCAGACUAUGUAGCUCCCUAUGAAUGGAAGAAAGUUUAAAUUGUUGGCCAUUCUUUUUUUUGGCUGGUUUGUUUUCAAAUACCUUGCUUUUCCUUUUUUUUUAGACAGUAAGUAACUCUCCACAAUGUCUCUUCCAUAACAAUCGUAGAGUCUCAAAUACUGUGUGAAAUUCUGUGUCCCAGAAAUGUGGAAACCAGAAAUCUGCUAUAUGGAUGUUGAGAUCUCUCUUUUACUCCCUGGUUUUCUCCGAGGAACCUUGAAAUCGUUACUUUAAAAUGUAAUUUAAAUGGUUCAUUUGUUAUUUUUUUCUUAGAAAUAUACUACUUUUAUGUAUGAUUGUUUUGCUGGUCCUAAACAUUUCAAAGAUAUACAUCUUUGUUUUAAUAUAACUUUAUUUUUAUUUGUUUUCCAAGUAGAUGAUACUAUUCAGAAGCAAUAAUGUCUAUGAGGUCUGUAAGGGAAGCCAAAUGAAGUCAUACACUGAUUCCACUGUAAGCAAUCUGUCCAGAGUUCCAGACAUUUCACAGGUGCAGUGCAGGGGUCAGCAAACAACUUCUCUAAAGGCCUGAUAGUAACUGAUUUUGUGGUGGAUUAGAUCUGGCUUGUGGGUUAUAGUUGUCUGACCUAUAGUUGAGAGGAUAUGUACCACUGUCUUCGUAACUUUGGGAUUUGUAUGAAUGCAGAUACUGAUCAAUCAUUUGGACUCGUCCUCUGUGAGUAGCAUGUUAGAGGCAUCGCAGAAGAAUAAUUGCUAUGAGAAAACCGUAAAAGUGCAGUCGCAAGCAUUACCACUUGAAUUCCACUUGGAACACUGUAAAAUGUCAGUGUGCUUUAAUGAUAUCCCGUUUUGAGAUGUUCUUCUGCCAAUGAAAAAAGAUGUCUGAAGACACUACUAGGAAAGCUAUGCCUUCCACAGUCUAUGCAUAGUUGAGACAGAAAAUAAACGCAAAAGUACUGGACCCUUAAGUUAUUUUUUGAACCCCAAGAUUUGGAAUAGUUCCAUCUUCUUCAGGAGGAAUAAAAUCAGUAUGUGACUUUCUUUUGUGCUGUUCUAAGGUAUCCCCCUCUAUGAGAAAUCUCACUCAUGUGUAGAGUGCAGAGACAGGUAUUGAUCUCUCACUUACAGAUCUCAUCAGUAUCUGGUCAUACGUCAAUCAUUUCUGUUCAGUAAUUCUAACAUAUUAUUCCUAUAAAUCUCUCUAUCUGGCAAAGAGCCUUCCUUCUCAAGUUUCUGAAAAGCUGGUUCCCGCCCUUCAAGGGCCACAACCCUGGCCUGCCAGUUCGUAACAUCUUGUAUGUUACAGAGUUCCCCACUGUGCAGACACUCAGGGAUUGACGGUGUAAAGCUCUUUACAUGAUGUUAUAAUCUGCAUUCUCAGUCUCCUCUAUUUUAAAUUAAUAUUUCUAGUAGUUUAAAUGCACCUAUACACUGAAACAACUAUGGCUCAGCAUUUAAAAAUAAAAAUAAUGGAUUGGAAUUAACAAGUGAAGAAACUGACAGUUGACAGAGUCACAAUCAGGAAUCAAUCAAUUAGUGAACUGAAAUAAAAGAAUGAGGAGUAUUCUGAUAGUAGAAAAACUGGUAAGGUAAUGUAAAAGUCUGGUAAAAGAAUAGCUUUUUCUUUGACCUCUUACUAGCGAUCUUUGCACACGGUGAUCAGGUGUCGCUGGAGUUUCUUGGUCUAGGUCCUUGGUGUCCCUUACUAGUAAUCAUGGCAUUGCCAAUACCCUAAUUAGCCUCUGCGGGAACAGAAGGUAGUCUCUCCAAUGUCCCCAUCCCUUAGUUUAUACGGCACCCUUGGUUUAAGCACCCUUGCCAUUGUCUGGCAUCCUGCUAGAUUAAAACCUCUCCGCGCAAAUUGGUUUUCUUUCGAAGACCAGCUUGACUCUAAAGAGAGAUGCAGUAUCCUGCUUCUCUUACAGCCACAUAAAGAAAUCCCAGCCUUCAUUUUAGCUGAACCCAGACUGGAGCUCUCCUGCUUCUGAGCUGUCUAAGUUUAUGCCAUGGAUGCCUCAUUCAGAUUUAACACUUUUGCUUUAAUAUAUGGUUCACACAAGGGUAUGAACCCUAGCCGUCCUUUCUGGUGGCAAGGCCUAGGCUGCGGCCACAGUACUUGCUAUGGCCUUUUUCCUGUCACAGGCUACAGACGCGCCAGUUCAAGUUGUGCUUUUGCUUGAAGUUUUAAUCUUGGAGAUUCAUGAGGAUGUUUUUUUCUUCAUCUUGAUUACGUGUGUAAUCAAGUGACGGCUACAUACUGGAGAUGGGCUGAAGCGGCUUUUCCCUUGAAGUGAGUGUCCUGUAGAGAGGAUAUGUAUGAGCACUGAGAAAAAAAAAUCAGGACCUAGACGCUAGAUCAUCUUCAAAGUUAUAAUUAUAACAGAAUUUCAAUAACAAAACCUUAGUGUUUGGAAGCAAUGGGAAGAUGUGUUAGAACUGACAGGUCCACACCUUCGAAACACACAACACACAACAGCCCUAACGCUGCUUACAGUGCACACAGUAUGAGGAUGAGACCGAGAGGUCUAAACUGAUCACCUCCUGUGCCGUGUGACAAUAUCCCUGAAUGCCAAACACGUGUGUGUUGUAUCUCACACCUUAUGCCAUAACCCUACCAGCUUUAUGGAACUAGCCAGCCAAUGGAGGGAUGGUUCUGGGGUUAUGUGUCAGUGUCUGAAAAGCAGACUCAUCUUCGUGUCCCUGUAGUGUCUGAGGAGUCUGAGGAAGCACGUGUGCCCUUGUCUGUCGUGAGUGGCAUGGCUUGUUGCAAGGGUCCCCUGUGCUCUGGAACCGGUGUAAGCAUAACCAGGUUUCUCAAGAUGGCUCGUCUGCAGGCUCCUUCAGGGAUGGCAGAGGAAAAAAAAAUGUACCUUAUGAUCCCAAACUACUUAGGUUUCCAAAUAGGAAAAGUAGAGACACACACAACUUUUAUUCUUACUCUAUGAUCAUUAGCUUUACGUGUUAAGGCUCACCUCCUGAACAUUUGCUGUUUUGUGAGGACAGCAAGUUUCGCACCAUCGUCCUGUGAAGGUGACACCCUGGUCACCCUCUCACCCCAGCCCCAGACCUCAGGUCUGUGUCAGUGUCGGAAAGGGUGUCACCUGCGUGGAUGUCAGUUUCGAAGAGUCUCCCAGGGCCUCGCCUCAAAUAACUUCAGCCUAUAGUCAUGCCUCCGGUUAUGUGCCCAGGAUGCUAAAGCGUGUAGGAAUCCCAACUUGAUUUAUUGACUGAAGUUAGAGGCAGAUCAUUUAGGAACAGACUUUGUACUCUGGCUUGAUGACAACAUUUGUAACUCACCACUGUUACCCCCUCAUCUCACACCACUGGGCAAAAAGACCCUGAAAUCGUAUCUCCUGGUGAGAAAAAAGAGCAGAGUCUUGACUGUUGUCCAGAAGUUACUUUGCUCCUGACUAAAGGUUUCCCCUUAGGGUAGAAGUUGCUAUUUGAUUUUGCCUCCCACCCUUUCUGGUGACCUUCCAAGAUGAAAACACUUUUUAAAAACAAGGAAUAAGCCUUUCUGAGCAACCUAUGACCUGCCUGUCUCCUGUCAACUCACAGACUGAAAUAUCAGGUGUUCAUCAACCUAUCUCAGUUUCCUGAACACAUUCACUGUGUCCGCCAUUGUCACCAUUAUCUCGUUGCUUCAAAAUGUGCAGGUCCCACGAGGUAAUAAACUCGGGGAAACUCAGGGUUAUGAACAAUGUGGACUUUUAGAGGACUGGAUUUUUGGAUGUUUUCUGUUUUGAGGGCAGCUGCUCUCACUGUUUUUAAGGGUCUUCCAUAAGCAUGGUGACAGUGGCACUCACAGUAAGCCACUGGCAGAACACCGGGCUGCGUGUCCUAGACCAAGGUUUAGAAGCUGUUGCCUGGCUCAGCAUGCCCGGACAUCACUACUUCUCCCUGGCACUCACGAGCGAGACGCCAAGUUCAGGGUGAACUUUUCUUGCUGCCAUGGGGAGAAAUGGAGUCUGUGAGCUCACCAAGGAGUCCCGAAAGACAGGGAUCAUUUUCAGGUAUGGCCAACAUAAAUGCUUUCCACCAUUCAAGACACUCGUGCGUAGGGCCACUUGAGGAACUUAGGUGUUGGAAGAGGUGGGGGCUAGAGGUGCCAAGACCACCUCAAUUAGAUGACCACUUUUUCCCCUCGUGACACCUGUCAUCUCUCGCCAGGGUUCCCAGGGUCUUUACACUUCCAGAGUUGAGAGUAACUCACUUUCACCUUGAAUCCAUGCUGUCUCUUGGAUUACAAGUGUGCGUUACUCUACAUCCAGCGAGAGAGGUUUAUAUCUGCCAGGGUUCCCUCAACUGCCUCCUUUUUGCAGAGAAUAACACCCACUGGAACUGAUCUAAGGACGCUGCCUCUACGAUUUGUGCUGAAUAUCCAAGGUAUCACUGCACAUUGGAGACUGGGAUGUUAAGAGUCCUUGAACUCUGAGCUGAAGCCUUUACAAAUAGGGAGUUUGGCAGGGAAGACGCCUGGGUUUUAAAUUCAGAAUCCUAUUUAUAUACUGUUAAAAUUUGAGGUACUGUAGUUAAUAUAAAAGUUGGAUAUUUAGAUAUAUUUCAGAACUAGGAGCUUCUUUGUGACCAUUAACAUAGCAGAUUAAGUAAUAAAUACAGUGAAAAUGAUUGUCAGUAAAUUAUCAUGUUGAAUUUUUUGUUUAUUUUGUAGUGUUUCUGUAUUUAUCUGCACUUUGUGUAUAUAUAUAUACACACACAUAUAUGUCAACAUGUAAAUAACCUCAUGUUAUUCCUAAUCUAAAUUGCCACAAUAUCAUUAAUGUAUGUUUACACUGCAUCUUAAAUUACUUUAAAAAUAAACUUCAUUAGCA